AUGGCCACCCCCGCGUUGUCCACAGUUGUGUUUUGCGCGUGUUUGCUGACCAUAGUUGCUGGCAUGGAAAUGGAUUGGACAAGCUACUCGGAUCGUGCCGAUCUUCCAAUGUCCCAGAAGUGGCGAGAGGACAUGAAGGACAAGCUUUCCAGCGUGGACACUGCGAAGCUUACACCGGAGCAGAAGCGCAAAUUCAAAGAACUCUGGCGGCGAGUGAAUGGAGAUCCGCAACCAGCAGGCGAAUCUGUGCCCUUGGCGGGGGUUGCUGCCGUUGCGUUGCUUCUGGGAGCUGGUGCCUACAUGUGGCUUACCAAGCCCCAGUCUCACAUCAAGGAGCACAGCGUCUCUGCUGGGACUGCGCGCCCACCUGCCGACCCAGCUCGCAGCGCUGAGCUGCGAGAACUUCGGAUGCGUCGGUUUGCAGAGCAACCAGUGAGCACAGGACAAUGA